AUGGGGAACUGCAUCAGCUCUGUGAAUUCUUGCACCAUUACCGGGAAAGUGCCUUCUCACAGACAAUACCAGGUAGCCCAAAUAUGGAUGAACGGGGAUGGGGUAGAAGGGGAGAGGUGGCUCUUGUUCCUCCUGGUGCUGGCCUGUCGCAGGGCAGGAGGCUCCAUUCCCAUCCCUCAGAAGUUAUUUGGGAGUGUGACUUCCCCUCUGUUCCCCAAGCCUUACCCCCAACAGCUUUGAAACAACUAUCAGAUCAGUCCUACAGGAUACAGGUGAAGCCUGCCUUCCAGCACUUUGACCUGGGAGCCUUCUGAAGGCUGCUUCUAUGACUGCAGCCAAGAUUCAGGGUCUAAGCAGAGCCUGCGAAGGUUCUGUGGGCCUGGCUCUCCACUGGCACCGAAAGAAGGAAUUUAGUCCCAAGGGAACAAGAUGCUGCUGACCUUCCACAGCUCACUCUCUAACGAGGAGAAUGGACCAUCAUGUUCAUAUGCUUCUGGUUUACUACUGUUGUACCUUGAUGAAUGUGCUUCCCAGAGCAAAUCAGGGGAGAACGACCCCCAGCCCCAGUGCCAGCACCUGUGUCACAACCACGUUGAGGCACUCUGUUCCUGCCAUCCCGGCUAUGAGCUUCAGAAGGACAGGCAUUCCUGCCAGGCUGAGUGCAGCGAGCUGUACACGGAGGCACUGGUAGGCCACAUCUCCACUGAGUACCCCUGGUCCUACCCUGACCUGCGCUGCAACUACAGCAUCCGCGGAGCGGGCCUCACCCUGCACCUCAAGCCUCAGGAGCUUGAAAUUGAUGACUACCAGCAAGUACACUGCCCCAUCUCCUCCUACCAGAUUCAUGCCAACGGGAAGAACAUUGGCGAAAUGUGGAAGCAGUGCCUCUGACCUUGACACCAGCAGCACAAGGUGGAUCUGCUGUUCUUCACAGAUGAGUCAGGGACAGCGGGCUGGAAGCUGCGCCACCACCGAGAUCAACAAGGUCCCCAGCCCAAGACCAGACGAGUUCACCGUCUAUCCAGAACUCAGCCGUACCAAUUCCGUGACUACUUCAUUGCCACCAAACAGGGCUAACUCUAUAGAAUGAUUUUGGGGGAACCAAGUAAGCACUCUUUCUCAACAGCUGUCUGCCAGGAUGAGUGCACAUGGCAUCGCAAGGUGCCCAGAUGCAAGAUCAAGGACUGUGGGCAGCCCCGAAACUCAUUUAAUGGUGCCUCACAUCUUCACCACAAUGGGGUGAACACCUAUAAGGCACUCCAGUACUACUGCCACGAGCCAUAUUACAAGAUGCAGACCAGAGCUGGCAGCGAGUCUGAGCAAGGGCUGUACACCUGCACAGCACAGGGCAUUUGGAAGAAUGAACAGAAGGGAGAGAAGAUUCCUCGGUGCUUGCCAGUGUGUGGGAAGCCCGUGAACCCCGUGGAACAGAGGCAGCGCAUCAUCGGAGGGCAAAAAGCCAAGAUGGGCAACUUCCCCUGGCAGGUGUUCACCAACAUCCAUGGGCGAGGGGGUGGAGCCCUGCUGGGCGACCGCUGGAUCCUCACGGCUGCCCACACCCUGUAUCCCAAGGAACACGAGGCGCAAAGCAACGCCUCCUUGGAUGUGUUCCUGGGCCACACAAAUGUGGAAGAGCUCAUGAAGCUGGCCAAUCACCCCAUCCGCAGGGUCAGCAUCCACCCAGACUACCGUCAGGAUGAGUCCCACAAUUUUGAGGGGGACAUCGCCCUGCUGGAGCUGGAAAAUAGUGUCACCCUGGGUCCCAACCUCCUCCCCAUCUGCCUCCCUGACAACGAGACCUUCUAUGACCUGGGCUUGAUGGGCUAUGUCAGUGGCUUUGGGGUCAUGGAGGAGAAGAUUGCUCAUGACCUCAGGUUUGUCCGUCUGCCCGUAGCUAAUCGAGAGGACUGUGAGACCUGGCUCCGGGGAAAGAAUAGGAUGGAUGUGUUCUCUCAAAACAUGUUCUGUGCUGGGCACCCAUCUCUAAAGCAGGAUGCCUGCCAGGGGGAUAGUGGGGGCGUUUUUGCAGUAAGGGACCCGAACACUGAUCGCUGGGUGGCAACAGGCAUCGUGUCCUGGGGCAUCGGGUGCAGCAAGGGCUAUGGCUUCUACACCAAAGUGCUCAACUACGUGGACUGGAUCAAGAAAGAGAUGGAGGAAGAGGACUGAGCCCAGAAUUCGCUAGGUCCAAAUCCAGAGAGCAGUGUGAAAAAAAAAAAAAAAACUGACCAGUUGUUGAUAACCACUAAGAGUCUCUAUUAAAAUCACUGAUGCAGAAAGACAGUGUGGAAAUUCUCUUUCCUAUAGUCCCACUGACGUACUUUACCUGAAACAACCCAAAGAGGCCCUUUCUUUCUUCCGAGGAUUGCAGAGGAUGUAGUUAUCAAUCUCUAGCUGUCACUUUCCUUUUCCACUUUUAUACCAUUGGGUCAUUGAAUAUAACUUUUUCCAAAUAAAAUUUUAUGAGAAAUGCCAGCGU